AUUGGAGAGAAAAGUUGAGCAGAGAAACGAACUUUUGGACUCGCUGUAAAACAUUCAGAUUAAUUGCAAAGAUUUCAACGACAUCACCCCUCAACUACUUCCACUCGAUCUCAAAUUCCCCAGCGAUUUUGACUUCCUCCAUCGAUAAUUUACUUUACCUAACACCACCUAGUCACAAAAAACCUCACGAAAAACAAAAACACCAUGGGCUGGUUUUGGUCAGACACUCCUGCGCCGCCUGCGUCUGCGCCGGCCGCACCACACCCCAGCACACCCGCUGGAACACCACCACCCGGCUGCCCGAUGCACAAGAAGACGAUCGACGCCCUGAACCCAACAGCAGCAGCACCAAACAACGCCAGUCCGGCCAAAGCAACACCGCCAUCAUCAUGCCCCGUCGCCCACGACCAGGCCCCGGCACAGAAACAGCAGUCCGCCCUCUCCCGCCUCAACCCGCUCAACUAUAUGUUCCCUGACCUGUCCAACGCGCCGGCCCCGAACCAAACCGUCGCGCUGCCCACGGAGCGCGAGCAUUCCACCAUCCCGCGCGGCGGCGGCGAGGGCAACUGGGAGUACCCGUCGCCGCAGCAAAUGUACCACGCCCUGCUCCGAAAGGGCUACACCGACACGGACCCCACCGCCGUCGAGGCCAUGGUGGCCUGCCACAACUUCCUCAACGAGGGGGCCUGGGCCGAGAUUGUCGACUGGGAGAGGCGCUUCAGCAAGGGUCUGGUCCGCGGCUGGCAGGUCAGCCGGCAGGGCGAGGAGAGGGCUCCGCAGAUUCUGCGCAGGCUCGAGAGGGACGAGGGCGCCCAGCCCGUCGUCCCCAGCCUCGUCAGGUUCCAGGGCAGGCCCAAGGACAUGACGCCCAAGGCGGCGUUUUUCCAGGUCAUGGGCUGGUUGUAUCCCUCAAAGUUUGAGACUGAGCCGCCUUUUGAUCGCCACGACUGGUACGUCCAGCGAGACGUCAACGGCCAGAAGAAGGAGGUCCGCUACGUCAUCGACUACUACUCCGGUCCUCCGGAGCCCACCGGCGAGCCCGUCUUCUACCUCGACGUGCGCCCUGCUGCCACCCCGACCGGCGCGGCGGAGCGCCUCAUCAGAUGGGGCAGCGACGUCUGGUGGCGUGCCGCUGGCCUUGAGGCCAGGGAGCAGCAAGGCAGGACCCAAUAGUGCAACAAGGCCCUGCCUUGACACUUGACGGGGUUUGCUAAUGCGAUGAUUUGCGACGAGUUGGACGUUGGAAGAGUUGAUUAUGCUAACAAUGUAACAAAAACACAAAGGUCCUUCCUUUUUUGGACAGGCAGGACAGGGUUUUCUCUACUCUCUGUAUGUUAUUUUAUCCGGGAUAAUCUCACUUAUCCCUGGUAUACCUACGUUAUAAUAAUUCUGUAUUGAUAACUUGACGAUACGCAUCAUAGAUCUCAAAGCCCCAUUAUGGCUGGUUUCUCGUCACCAGAUUCGUUACUUUCACUUUCGACAUUUACAUCACGUGCGCGUUUUUUGUAUCAUCAAGGAGCAGCUUUAUUAUACUGUGCUAUUACACAAUUAUCUGCUACCGGCGAUGAAAGCACCUUAUUUCAUUUGCUCACGCGCGAACGGUAGCAAGCUGUGUGACCUGGUCCAGCAGCGCCUUGCUCUCCCUGGGCGAGUUCUUGAGGACCUUGUCCCUCAGGUGGUCGAUGUCCUGGCCAGGGGCCUUGGGAGGGUUGCCCUGGGCGGUCUGGAUCCUGCUGAUCUGCAUGGCCAGGAAGAACUUGGGGAUCUUGAUGGGGGCGAAGUUCCCGCCGACGGAGCGGAUGCCGGCCUCAGUGGCCGUGUAGACGUCAGCCUCCGCCUGGAACUUCUUGAGGUCCGUGCUGGCGAGCGGCGUGGCCGUCUUGAAGUUCUCGAGCGCAAAGGCCAGCGGGGUCUGCUUGGAUUCGGCAAAGUUGAUCUUGCUGAACGCGACGUCGCCCUCGAUGACGUCGGGCACGCCGUCGAUGGUCUUGACGGCGGCGUUGCACUUGACCCUGGGGGCGAUGGACGCGGCAGCGUCCGAGACCUCCUUGGGGAGCGUCGUCUUGCCGAUGACGAAGCAGGCGCCGGCACCGGCCUGGCGCUCAACCAGAUCGCGCUCGACCAGAGGACCUAUUUUUGGGUUGCAUUUUGGUCAGUCACUGAGUUACCAAGUCGGGAAGAGUGGGGAUUUUUGCGGGUUCUUACUGGCGAGGGCGGACGAGGCGCCAAAGACAACGGCAGCGAUAGAGAACUUCAUUUUGAAGGAGAGACGAGGUUAAAGAUUGCUGUUGGAUUAUAGAUCAAAAAGGUAAUGAUGAUGAAAAAAGGUACCCUUCCAGAAGGUAACGGUGAACGAAAGUAAAGAGUUGGUGGAAACCGACCGGAUCGACAGAUUAACAGUAAAAGAAUGAGAUGGCAAGAAAAGGCGAGAAAUCAGAAGAUGAACAGGAUCUCAGGUCCUCAUUUAAAGACAUUCGCGGAACGCGUUUGCCGGGAAUGCCCAUUUCGUUUACACUAUGAGGCGGGGCC